UGGUGGAGCUCUUAAGAGGAAGUCAAGUAUCACAACGUUUUUGGAGCUAAGGUCGGAGUUAACAAAAGAGAUUCGCGUCAAUCGAAACAUUCUGAACACAUUUUUAAAUUUUCUUUUCUUCCCUGGACGGACCACGCGGGAGAAGAUUACGUUACCCAGUUGCGAAUCAACCCCUCCUGUCGUGACAAGGUUUUGAUCUUAUCGUGGACUUGACCACCACCGCACGCCAGAGAGGAAAGUGGGACUUUAUUGUUCAAGGCUAGCUAGCUAGCGCUGCCAAGCGGCUUGUUUUAGUGUGUGUGGUGGACCGCAGACUAUAUGGCUGCGAUUUACGAGCCAAUAUAUGGACUUUCAGAAGAUGAGCAUGAAACGAGAGUGCUGCGGGUUAAGGUCAUUGCCGGAAUUGAUCUGGCGAAGAAGGAUAUCAUUGGAGCCAGUGACCCUUAUGUCAAACUUUCCCUCUAUGUUGCGGAUGAAAACAAAGAACUUGCCUUAGUCCAGACAAAAACCAUUAAAAAGACCCUCAAUCCCAAAUGGAAUGAGGAAUUCUACUUCAGAGUGUGUCCCCAGAAUCACAGGCUACUCUUCGAGGUGUUUGAUGAAAACAGAUUGGCUACUUCCAAGAAUGGGCUUUUCCAUCUCGGACAGACUAGAGAUGAUUUCCUCGGUCAAGUUGACAUCCCUCUCAGUCAUUUGCCGACAGAGGACCCUGCUAUGGAGCGUCCCUACACAUUUAAAGACUUCCUCUUGCGGCCCAGAAGUCACAAGUCCAGGGUGAAGGGUUACCUGCGUCUCAAGAUGGCCUAUCUGCCUAAACAAGGCGGACAAGAGGAAGAGGCUGGAGAGAUGAGGGAGGAGGCAGAGGGCUGGGAUGAGUCUGUGGAUUCGGGCUCACAGCGACCCCAGCAACUGCUGCCACCAUUGCCCCCGGGCUGGGAAGAGAAGGUGGACAACCUGGGACGCACCUACUACGUCAACCACAACAACCGCAGUACUCAAUGGAAACGGCCCUCCAACAUGGAUGUGAUUUCAGAGACUGAGAGUGACAAUCAGCAGCGACAGAUCCACCAGGAAGCGCACCGUGUUUUCCGGUCAAGACGCCACAUCAGUGAAGACCUGGAGAAUGAGCACCUAGAACCCAGGGACAUGGACAAUUCGUGGGAACUCAUCACAGAGGAGGAUCCUAAUGACAGCCUGGCCCAGUCUCUGCCUGGCCCCUCCUCCAUCCUGACACCACAACACACGGCGACACCUGUCACCCAGGAGUUUGCUGAGGAUUUGAAUAUGAGGCUGUCACUCACUCCCGAUGCCAACGGUGAAGUGCCAGGGCCCAGCUCUGCUCUGAGUCAGCUGUCAAACAGACUACGUUCCUCCAGUAUGACAGAUGGCGUCAGUGAUCAGGCCCAGGCUCCUCCUCUUACGCAGGCCUCCCAGACCAGAAGAACAAGAACUCAAACAGUCUCAGGGGGUGAGGAGCCUAUGUCUCCCUCGUCGACUGCUUACGCCUUGACCACCCCUGGCCUGCCCCCAGGAUGGGAGGAGAGGAAGGAUAUCAAGGGAAGAACAUAUUACGUCAACCAUAACAACCGCACCACAACAUGGACUAGGCCAAUCGUGCAGCUGACUGAAGAUGGAGCCAGUGCCUCAGCGGCAGCAGCGGAUUCAGGCGGAGCCUCGGCCCUGGCGCCCACGUCCAUCCCUCCUUCCUCUUCCAAUGCCUCGAACAACCACCUCCAUGAGCCCCAGGUCCGACGACCUCGUAGCCUGAGCUCCCCUACCGUCACCCUUUCCACCCCUUUGGAGGGAGCCAACAACAUCCAGGUGCGGAGAGCUGUGAAAGACACAUUCUCCAACCCACAGUCUCCCCAGCCGUCCCCUUACAGCUCCCCCAAGUCGCAGCACAAGGCACAGCAGAGCUUCCUGCCCCCAGGCUGGGAGAUGAGGAUAGCCCCCAACGGUCGGCCUUUCUUCAUCGACCACAACAGCCGAACAACCACCUGGGAGGAUCCCAGGUUGAAAUAUCCGGUCUAUAUGAGGAAUAAGAACUCAAUGGAGCCCGGUGAACUCGGCCCUCUUCCUCCUGGGUGGGAAGAAAGAGUUCACACAGAUGGACGCACCUUCUACAUCGACCACAAUACAAAGAACACACAGUGGGAGGAUCCUCGCCUGCAAAGCCCAGCUAUCACAGGACCUGCUGUUCCCUACUCCCGAGAGUUCAAACAGAAAUAUGACUACUUUAGGAAGAAAUUGAAGAAACCGGCAGACAUCCCCAACCGAUUUGAGAUGAAGCUGCACAGGAACAACAUCUUUGAAGAGUCGUACCGUCGAAUCAUGUCCCUGAAGAGGCCGGAUGUUCUGAAGGCACGGCUGUGGAUCGAGUUCGAGUCGGAGAAAGGACUGGACUACGGUGGUGUGGCUAGAGAGUGGUUCUUCCUCUUAUCCAAGGAGAUGUUUAAUCCCUACUAUGGCCUGUUUGAAUACUCUGCCACGGACAACUACACUCUCCAAAUCAAUCCCAACUCUGGCCUCUGCAAUGAGGAUCAUCUUUCCUAUUUCAAGUUCAUUGGACGUGUAGCAGGAGGAAUGGCUGUGUUUCAUGGAAAACUACUGGAUGGUUUUUUCAUUCGACCCUUUUACAAAAUGAUGCUGGGAAAACAAAUCUCUCUUAAAGACAUGGAGUCUGUGGACAGUGAAUACUACAACUCUCUGAAGUGGAUUCUGGAAAAUGAUCCCACUGAGCUGGACCUGAGGUUCUGUAUUGAUGAGGACAACUUUGGACAGACAUACCAGGUCGACCUGAAGCCCAGUGGCUCUGACAUGGUGGUCACCAAUGAGAACAAAAAGGAAUACAUCGAUCUGGUCAUCCAGUGGAGGUUUGUCAGUCGGGUCCAGAAGCAGAUGAACGCCUUCCUGGAGGGCUUCACUGAGCUCAUUCUCAUAGAUCUGAUCAAGAUCUUUGAUGAAAAUGAACUGGAGCUGCUUAUGUGCGGCCUGGGGGAUGUAGAUGUGAACGACUGGAGACAACACACUGUUUACAAGAACGGCUACUGUCCCAACCAUCCAGUCAUACAGUGGUUUUGGAAGGUCGUCCUGUUGAUGGAUGCUGAGAAGAGGAUCCGACUCCUCCAGUUCGUUACAGGAACAUCACGAGUGCCAAUGAACGGCUUUGCUGAGCUUUAUGGUUCUAAUGGUCCGCAGCUGUUCACCAUCGAGCAGUGGGGAACACCAGAUAAGUUGCCAAGAGCUCACACAUGUUUCAAUCGCUUGGAUCUGCCCAUCUACGAAUCAUUUGAGGAUCUGAGAGAGAAACUGCUCUUGGCUGUGGAGAACGCACAGGGCUUCGAGGGGGUCGACUAAAACAGCAGCUUCUGCCACCCAGCCAACCAACCAGCCAACCAACCAACCAACCAACCAAUAAUAAUAAAACAAACAAAAAAAAGUCACGGGGAUGUCAAACCAGCUGCUGUAGCAGUUCUGUGUCAGCAUGUUGUACUGUAAUACCUGAGCCACCAAACCCAGCACAGUGGUUUGAGACUGUACAGCGACUUGUCGAGCCAAUAUGCCUACAUCUUUGUACCUUUUCAGUGCAGGUAGGUCACUCCCUAAAGGUGCUGGGGAAAGAAACCUACUAUCCACAGGCACGAGCAAUGAGCAGUGCGAGCUGGCCCCGAUCUGCCUUUUCUUUCCCCUCUGCCCCCAUCCUGUGAAAAUCUACAGUGCUGGAAAACUUUAAUGCAUUUCAAUAGCUCCUUUACUAUAGCUCAGUAUUCAAGCACCCUCCAGUGGGAGGGUCCUAGCAUGGCCUUAAUCUGGCUUCUACAUGCACUAUUUCUCUCAGAAACUGCAAUGGCACUAUGAUCACAGCUCUCUCAAAUCCUUAGACCAACACCAGAUUACCUUAGGAAUGCUAGCCAGUCACAUUUCAGGAAAUUGACCACACCCCCUUCGCAAAACCUUGAAUAUGUUGUGUGAUCAGAAAUUGUCACUGCAGCCGUUUGUAGAAUAAUGUUUUGUUUUUUUAACCACUGGUAAAGAUUCAAGAAUGGGGGAUGAAAUAAUUCCCGAAGUAGUUUUUUUUUAAAUAACAAUGUUUGAAAUCAUGGAACAGAUUUAGUUUUAUUAUUAUUAUUAUUAUCAUUAUUAAUCAUUGAUAAAAUUCAGCAAUACUCAACAUAUUUGUACUGAUGAGCAAUGUUGUUUACUAUUUUGACAGGUCUAUAUGACUACAUGUGUAACAAAGUGUAAAUCUGGUCAGUCUGGGGAAUGAAUAAUCCAUAUCAUUUGUUAUGGUGAUAGGAAAUGUGUUGAAAUGGUUUUUAUCGUAGAGCUAUGAAGGCAGCAUGAAACUGUACCUUGUGUUUGACUGCAUAGUAAUUUGAACAUGUAAAGGUUGGGAAGGGAAAACUGAAACUGGGGUUAGUUUCACCGAGACAUUGCGAUUAUAUUAUUAUCCUUAUGCCUGUUGCUGUUCAUAAUGCUGUAAAUUGUCCUGAAAAACUGUUUAAGUUCUUUCAUGAUAUAUAAAUAUAUGUAUGUAUUACAUUUAACAGAAGUAUUACUGAUCAACAACACUAAGAUGAAGCUGUAUGUGUGCAUGCGAGUGUGAGAGAAAAGCUGUGAUUGGCACUGAAUAUAAAGCAGCACAUUUCUUACUAAGGGGAAAAAAUGGUUUUUCUUUUUUACUUUUUUGUUUCCUCUCUCCUUUUUCUAACACCAUUUAACCUAAAGGGCACUUUAUAGAUCACUCUGAGGUCAUGUCGCCUGUUGUACGUCUUUUGUCAUUAACUUGAAUGUGUU